AUGCCGUCUUCAUCCAAAGAUCAUGCACCACUAGGUGAGAUGUCAGAUGAGUCGGACUACGAGUAUGAGUAUGAUGAUUCUCAAACUGAGACGGUUUUUGUUACCCUUGACUUGUCCUCCUACAAUGGCCCAAUGCGCCCCCCAAGGAAGAGAUCUUCUGCUUCUGUCGAAUCUUUGGUGUCGUCUGGUGAUGCUGGGAGCUCCCACAUCGGAUCCCCGACUCCUGAUAAGGAUGAGGUUGUAGGAGGGGAACCGGAUCUAGAUGUACAGUUGCAGAAUCAGAUCCAAAUAAUGGAACUCCAUUCGUCAAACCCUAUUGUCUCAUAUCAAAAUCAAUUUUUUAGCUGCUCCUGGGGCGACCAGAUUGGUACCGACAUGCUAUUUUCGCUACCAGACGCAAAGGCUGAACUUCCCAUUUUGCGACGAACGCAGAAUUUUGAUCUGAUUACCACAACUCGAGUCAAAGUUCUAGGCCAAAAAUCACACCUUAUUUCAGGAGCCAGUCUUAGCCAGGCUCGAAGAAUGCAGCCUGGAGCUGUAGCCACUGGGCAAGCGCAAUUCCUGGAGUGCCUGAUACAAGCAAAGAGAGCUAAGGGCGAGGUGGACAUUGUCCGAACAGCUUUUCCACAUGCCCAGAAGCGAAGUCAGGCUCUAGACGAGAAACUUCAGGGCUGGGCAAGAACAGAAGGAAUGCUUGCGGAGCUCGAAGAAUUUAGUCAGCGAGCUCGAGAUGGCGACCCUAGCGCGAUGAGGAGAUUGGGGGAGAUUUACGCCCAAUUUGAUGCGGCGAUGCGUAACAACUCCAGGCUUGGUGUCAUUACUGGUAAUGACGAGCUACCGAUCCCAUCCGUGGCACAACAGGAUACUCAAACCCCUCCCAAUGCCGAUGCAAAUAAAUAA